AUGGAGGUAAAGAGUAUUCUGGAAGUCGCUUUUGAAUGGUUCUGUGAGUGUGAUAUCUUUGAACAGCUCAGAAAACAAUGUGAAAAUUACUCUGCAGAUUCCACGGAAAGGACUGUUUACAGAUUUGUCUUUGAAAUGGAUCUCAUGCACUUGCUUGACUUUAAUGGUAUGGAUUGUGCUACACUUGGAAAUUUGGCAAUAAUGAAGCCUUUGAGCACCAUUAAUGUGUUUCAGGAGGUGUGUUAUAUUGUUAUUCACACUCUGUCGUGGAUUCCAGAUUUGAUACUCCCUUCACAAGUUCUUGUUGCUGUCAGGUUUUCAUCAGUUCCACUCUAUAAAGAGUCUAUGAGCAGAAGGAAUCUGGUUGGUAAUAUUCAGCCAAAUCUCACAAAGAUAUGUGGUAUCAUAAGUGGAAUCACAGAUGUCACUCAGUACACCCAAAGUGCAAGAUUCUAUUGCCCUCAAUCCAGUUGUCCUGGUUCUGCGAAAUAUUGUUAUAUCAGAGUUCAUUUGGCUGGAAAAACAGAAAAUGUCACUGUAAGGAGUGAUUUUGUGUGUAGAUACUGUGGAUGCUCUCUACUUGAAGAUGUUACUUGCCGUACUUUAGCAGAUAAAUGCAUUGUUCAAGUCAUAUCACCGUUAACAGUCAACAGCCAACUUUGGAUCAACACUGGGUGGGGAGAAUUUUACCAAACCAUCCCAAUCUAUGUCCGAGAUGAGCUUAUCAGGGAAGUUCAGAUUGGCUGUUACUGUUCAUUUGUUCUUUUACCCUCAUGUGAAAUUCAUGAUUCUUCGAUGCAACUUCAUUGUACUCCAGUGUUUGAGGCAAACAACAUGCAGAAGAUGAGUCUUAGUCCUUUCUUAGAUCUACUACCCUCCAGUUUGCCAAAUAGAAUAGAAAUGCUUCAUAAAGUCAAACCUGUAUCAAGCGACACAGUACUAAGUGGUCACCCUGUAUUAAGCAGCCAUUUGUCAAAGUUGUGA